AUGGUGUUGGCCCAUGGUAUGGAUGACAACAAAGCUGCUUUUGUUCUCCCUACAUUAUUGCUACCACUACAGAAUAUCAGCUACACUGAAACCUCCAUGCCUCUGGCAAGCCAUGAAAUGAGAGAUUCACCCAAGGAGCACAGGCCAGAGAGGAACAAUACAGUGUUGCAUUAUGAACUGAGGCCAGGGGAAAUAGUAGCUGCCAGCCUAGUUUUUGGAGCAUUGUGGCUGUUUUCUGUCUUUGGGAACUCCCUGGUUUGCUUAGUGAUCCACAGGAGCAGGAGGACUCAGUCUACCACCAACUACUUUGUGGUCUCCAUGGCUUGUGCUGACCUUCUCAUCAGCAUGGCAAGUGCUCCUUUUGUACUGCUCCAAUUCACCUCUGGCAGGUGGAUGCUUGGAAACGUUAUGUGCAAGCUAGUGAGAUAUUUUCAGUACCUCACCCCUGGAGUACAGAUCUACGUGCUGCUCUCUAUCUGCGUAGAUAGGUUCUACACAAUUGUCUACCCAUUAAGUUUCAAAGUAUCCAGAGAAAAAGCCAAGAAAAUGAUUGCAGCAUCUUGGGUCUUUGAGGCUGCUUUUGUAUCCCCAGCUUUCUUUUUUUAUGGCUCCAGCUGGGACAAUCAUUGCAACUUUUUUCUCCCUUAUUCUUGGGAUGGAACUAUCUUCAGCAUCGUGCAUCUCCUGGUGGGGUUUUUGAUUCCUUCCAUUCUCAUCAUCCUGUUUUACCAAAAGGUCAUCAAGUACAUUUGGAGAAUAGGCACUGAUGGCAGAACAGUCCGGAGGACCAUGAAUAUUGUUCCAAGGACAAAAGUGAAAACCAUCAAGAUGUUCCUGAUGUUGAAUUUAGUGUUCCUAUUAACCUGGCUCCCCUUUUAUGUGGUGCAGCUGUGGCACCCCCAGGAGACAGACUACAGAAAGAGUUCCUUGGUUUUCAUGGCUAUCACUUGGAUAUCCUUUAGUUCUUCAGCCUCCAAACCUACCUUGUACUCUGUGUAUAACGCAAACUUCAGGAGGGGGAUGAAAGAAACAUUUUGCAUGUCCUCCAUGAAAUGCUACCGAAGCAACGCAUACACCAUCACUACUAGUUCAAGGAUAGCCAAAAAAAAUUAUGUUGGAAUCUCAGAAAUCCCAGUGCCGGCCAAAACAGUGACCAAAGAUUCAAUCUAUGACUCAUUUGACAGAGAAGCAAAGGAAAAAAAACUUGCUUGGCCUAUCAAUUCAAACCCACCAAAUACAUUUGUUUGA